GUCCGAUCGCAGUAGUGAUCCCAUAAAGUCACAGUUUCUCGUUAUCCGUAUUUUUUUUCGGUGAAGAAAAAAAACCCAUCCCCGGGGGGGGUUCCAUUGAUUUCGGUGGACACCACAUUACACGUUGACGAGGCAUAAACGAGGUGGUGACGAUUUUCUUAGGAAGUUUAAGGGUUUCUUGAGGGCCAGGGCGGAUCAGGGUCAGCUGUUCGGUUGUCAGUGUGUUCUGUGAAUGGUCGACGUCAGAGAUUGGAGGGCUCCUGAUGGCGACGAACUGAACAUUCUUGUCUCGACCUCGAGGGAAUCAUCAAAUUUUUUCGAUAUUUUUUUUAAUCUGAAAGAGAAAUAAAACAGGGAAAAAUAGUUGUGCCACGUUGAGGAUCAUGAAAAUGGUGUUGUCACAACGGCAGCGGGAGGAGUUAAAUAAGGCGAUUGCGGAUUACCUCAGUACUAAUGGAUACCAGGAUGCCCUGGAAGCAUUUAAGAAGGAAGCGGACAUGCCUGGUGAGGUCGAGCGUAAGUACGGCGGUCUUCUCGAGAAGAAAUGGACAUCUGUCAUUCGACUCCAGAAGAAAGUUAUGGAAUUGGAGUCAAAGUUGUCAGAGGCGGAGAAAGAAUUUAUCGAGGGUGCGCCAACGAGGGGCAAACGCUCGUCAUCAGAGUGGAUACCAAGGCCACCAGAGAAACACUGUCUCACUGGUCACAGGGCUCCAAUAAACAGAGUCAUCUUUCAUCCAGUGUUCAGUCUAAUUGUUUCUGCUAGUGAAGAUGCAACAAUUAAGGUCUGGGAUUUCGAGUCUGGCGAAUUCGAAAGGACUCUUAAGGGCCACACAGACAGUGUCCAGGACGUGGCAUUCGACACAACAGGCAAACUCCUCGUCUCAUGCAGCGCUGACAUGUCGAUAAAACUAUGGGACUUUCAUCAAUCCUUCGCAUGUGUCAAAACAAUGCAUGGACACGAUCACAAUGUCAACUCUGUGUCAUUCGUACCAGGAGGUGACUUAGUGGUCAGUGCAUCCAGAGACAAAACCAUCAAGAUUUGGGAAGUUGCGACUGGUUAUUGCGUAAAAACAUUGACAGGACACAGAGAGUGGGUAAGGAUGGCUAGGGUCAGCCCAUGUGGAGAACUAAUUGCCAGUUGCUCUAAUGAUCAGACUGUUCGUGUGUGGCAUAUGGUGUCGAAGGAAACCAAAGUUGAAUUGAGAGACCACGAACAUGUAGUUGAAUGCAUUGCUUGGGCACCAGACAGUGCAAGAGCUACAAUAAAUGCAGCUGCUGGAGCUGACAAUAAGGGAGCACACGAGGGCCCCUUUUUGGCGUCAGGUUCACGUGAUAAAACAAUUCGCGUUUGGGAUGUUGGAGCUGGUGUGUGUUUAUUCACACUUCAUGGCCAUGACAACUGGGUGCGGGGUAUUGUCUUCCAUCCCGGUGGUAAAUUUAUCGUCAGUGUGUCCGAUGAUAAAACAUUACGAGUAUGGGACACUCGCAAUAAGAGAGCUAUGAAGACACUCGAGGCGCAUGUACAUUUUUGCACCUCAGUUGAUUUUCACAAGAGUCACCCCUACGUUGUAACAGGUAGCGUCGACCAGACAGUGAAGAUUUGGGAAUGUCGCUAGUCACCGAGCUUUCAAAUUUACAUAACAUUCUUCACAAAUUAAUAUUUCUCUCGCCAUUAUUUUUGUCCUCAUGGAAAAUCUCACACCACCGAGAAAAUAACUGAAAAAUAAACUUCAAACCAAAUUAUAAUUUCAAAAUUACUCUAGACGACGGAAUGUGAAUGAAAAAAAUCCUCCACUAGUUGAAUAAAAUCCAUACGAGAGAUAGAAAGAGAGAGAGAGAGAGAAAGAGAAACAGAAGUAAAUGGACCGAAUUGUAAUCUGCAAAUGAACGGAAAAACAUUUAAAAAAAUAUAAAAAAAGCUAUCGUAAAUGCUACUACUUAUAACUAUAAACAAAAAAAAAUGAUAAAAGGAUUUUAAAAAAUCACAUAAACACGUAAUCAUAAGCUCUUUAAUUAAUUUAUAAUAAAGAAUAGUAAUUAUUAUCAGUAAAUAUCGUUUCACGGUAAUCAGCUACAUCACCUUAAGAUUUAAAAAAUGAAACAAAAACCAGAAAACAGAAUUGAGAGAUGUUAAUGGGGCACGAUGAGAGGAGGACGUGAAAAAAUUAUGAAAAUUUUUUCAAGCUUUCUUGACGGCGCACUGGACACUCGACCUUUCAGAUCCUGUAAAUAUCUUGAAAAAAAAAAUCAUAAUCAAGAGAUAAUAAUAAAUCAUCGAGUGUGGGCCACACGAUGAAUUCCAUUCUUCCUGAUCCUCAUAUUUUAUUUUCUAUUUUUUUAAUUAAAUAAAAAAUAACGAAUGAAUGAUGAAACCUUGAGUUAGUCCUCCUCGUGCUCCUAACUCAGAUUGAAAUAACAUUAUUGAAUAAUUAAUAAUGACAAAGUAGUUAUUUUAAUGAAUUCGAUAUGUACUUUUCCCUCAAUUGUUUAAUUAUUGCAUGAAACGAGAAACUUUUUACUGUAUCCAAAUGAGUAAUUUACGAAUAAACUGGAUCUCACAAAUUUUUGCGCAAUUCUUUUGGUGAAAUUAAUAAUUUAUGAUAAUUAUUGUUUUGUGGUGAAGAGAUGCAUAACGAAUUCGUUAAAAUUUAUUAAAAACAUUAGGAUGGAGUCGAACGAGUGAAGAUUUUAUUGAUCACUCUCAAGUAAUCGUAAAGUACUUGUAUUUGUGGGGAAAACAAUUGAAGAAUGAAAUUAGUACAAUGUAGCCACUUGAUUUUGAGAUGGUAUUCGAUUGAAUGAUUGAUGGCAAUUUUUAGGUACUACAGUAAUUAAAGUUGAAUUAUUUUAGUCAAGUAGAGCCACAUUUAACCGUAGACUGGCGGCAGUUUAACACUGAAAAUAUCAAGGGAUUAAGGUAAUCAAGAGAGUGACUUAAUUUCAAAUUAAUCCGAGGAACAAAUUAUAUGAUAUAGAAUCGAUUUUUGUUGAUAUUUAUUCACAUUUGUAUUUUAUGAUUAACGAUUUAUCAAGGAGAUGAACCUGCCGUUGGCUCUCGGAAAUACGAGUUAAACGUAUGUCAUUUUUUUUUUAUUUAUCGAUGUGGUUCUUUCAUUUUUGCUGAACAUAAUAAAAUUAUGAUGUCACUGA